CACAAAUUGUGUAUUUUUAUUAAAUUUUAAAAUUCUGUAUCAAUAAAAUUGUAUUGUAUUGUUAGAUUGAGGUGUUGUACAGAUAAAAUUUCUGCAUUUUUAUAGCAAUCUAGAAAAUUUGCUGAGUUGUACACAAAAAUUCUGCUGUUGAGUCAGUGGAGAGCAUGCAUACAGAACAAUGUUGUAUUGUUGAAUCAGUUUAUACAAUUCUACAUAGAUAAGUAUGUUUAUGAUUAGUCUACGAAAUUCUGUACGGAUAGACACACCAUUGUUUAAACUAAAUUUAAGAAAUUCUGCAGGAAAUAUGGUAUUUUGCAUCGUUUGCAUACGGUUUUCAAUAUGAUGUUACUUCAGAGGAACAAUACCAUUGCUAAAUUAAGACAAUAAAAUUCUAUGUACGAGUGAAAAUCCCAUUGUGCAGACUUGUAGAUAAGAUUUUAUUGCUUUUAACAAUAUAUAAUUUUAUAUUUAACAAUAUAAAACUUGGCUUAUUGUUAAGUUACAAUUUGGCACUCCUUACAGAUUUUUUAAUGGUUGCAUUAGCUUAAAUUAUGCAUAAAAACAAUGAUAUAUUGUUAAAUUAUCGUAAACAAUAUUUACAAUUGAAAUUUCUAAUCUACUGUUAAUCUUCAAACAAACGAGUAAAGGCGGCUUUUAUAUUAGUAACACUGACUGCUGAAGGCCUUGUUGAAGCACAUCUUGGCAUUCAAAGGAUUAAGCGUGUAAGCAAUAAAAUAGCUACAAUGAACAAUUGUUAAGCAAUUUACCACAAUUUUUAUGUUCUGCAGAUUAAAUAUCAUUGUUUUUUAGCUUAUAAAGUGUUGCCAUAUUCAAAUUUUCAGUUAUUAAUGCCAAGUUUAUGGACUUAAAAGAUAAAGACACGCAGUACUGUACGUUGCUUGAAGUUAAAUAACUUGCAGAUUUGAAUUGACUUACCAGACGCAUUUUUUUGGUGCGUCAACCACUUCAAAACCCUCCUCUUAAACUCAAAUUAAAUUAAACUAAUCUUAAGACAAUUAAGGAAUUAAAAUAGUUGCAAAUUGACUGAAUUACAUAUUUUUUGACUUAUUCAUUCUCUACUUUUGCAUAUUCUAUUCUUAUUUUUUUGAUACGCGGGAGGAAUUUAACUAUUAUAAUUGAAGCGGACAUAAUAUAGGGCUAAUGCCCCCUCCUACGUCACGAUUACGUCCCGGUCAAUUAGCGUUUUAGCCCGGUAUUGAUCACAGAUGUUCCCUGUUGAGUGGGAGUAGAGAGACUGUAGGAAGAGUUCAUUUUUUCGGAUGGGGGAUUGAUACACCGUCUUUUAAAUGCUGAAAAAUAGUCAAAAAAAUACCCAUUUUUUUCCUCUCCCCCCUAAAUGGCAUUCUACAUAUUUAUGAUCCCCCCGGUACAUAAAUAUAUCCAGUUAAGAUCCCCCCUCUAUCCAUAUCCAUUUGGUAGAUUAUAUAACGUCCUUAAUUUAAGUGGACCACUUUAUAAAUUAAGAUCCUUAAAUUGAUAAAAAUCUAAAGAAACAAAGACAGAUUAAGGAAAAGUCAUAAUUUAGUUGAGGUCCACAACGGGGAUAAAUUCUCCAACCCUGUAACUAAAGUUCAGGGGUAUGAGGUUGUUUAGAACACAUUGCAGGAGUGAUUCUUCAAACCAAGAUAAUUCGUGACAGCUUACGCAAUCUCUCCCAAACAAAAUGAAAAACCUGGAGUUAUAAAUGCCUUAUUUUCUUCAUCCCCCCUUCAUCAUCAUCAUCUUCUUCUUCUUCGAGCGUAACUCGUGUUAAGUAUCCAACGGGGGGUUCAACGAUCGUUGGAUGAAGUUAAAACUUCUUCACGCUUCGAACGGAAAAUUAAACGAAUUCUCUCUUUGAAUGGUGUGGUGUGGAAAAUCCUUACGUCACUCCGAUAGGAUGAUAUCAUUUCCGGAUGACGUCAACCCGCUAAAUCGUUUCGAGAACGAAACCUUAACAGUGUGUGUGUCGGAAACGUGAUUGAUGAUUACUCAGUUGUAUGUCGAUUAGUGAGGUGUAUUUUUUUGAAUAAGUUAUUAUUGUUGGAGAUUUGGAACGUCCAUUUUUCCAUUUAGAGUGGCACCAGUAGGAAGAGGAUUGUUUAUUAUUGGAUAAGUUGUGUGGUUUCUCCUAAUACCGUCUCUCGGAAGUGUUUCGUGCUUUUUUAGAACGUUUUAUUUUGUUAUGUGAAUGAUCGUUACGUCAUAAUGGAAGACCCUUUUCUAAACGGUCCUGUUCCGGUGUUCAUUAAUUUUUACAUUAUUACAUCAUAUUAGAAGCGUAGACAUUGAUCAUGACAAUAUAAUGGAAGAAUAGACAUUGAUUGUCGCAUCAUUUUGAAAGAUUAGACGUCUAUUAUUGCGUCAUACUCCACAAGUGAACGCUUUGUGUCAUAUUGGAAGAAUGGACGUUGUUACGUCACUUAAAACAGGAGCAUUGUUACGUCAUAUUUUUACCAUCGUUUCUUCGCACUGGAAAACUGACAUUAUUACGUCAUAUUGGAAGAUUCGGCAUUGUUGCGUCAUAGUGGAAGGCUGGAUAUCGAUUAUUACGUCACAUUGGAAGGCUGGAUAUUGAUUGUUACGUAAUAUUAAGAGACUAGACAUAGCUCGUUACGCCAAAUUGGAAGAUUUAGCAUUAUUUCGUCAUAUAAGAAAGUAAUAGGCAGGGGAGCCUCUAGGAUUUUUUCCCAAAGGCAGAAAACAUUUUUGUAUCGUGUCAUUAUUUGCUUCUGGGGAGAUAACCUCUUGUCCAAGUAUUUACAAUCGAAUGCAGGGGACAGUCGCCUGACUCGCCCUCUCCUGCCGGCGCCUUACUUAUGAGACAUUCAUUACGUCACGUAUCCAAAGUGAUCAUUGUAAAAUCAUUUAAGAAUGUUCCUCAGCGCAUAGGAAUAUUGUGUGAUGAGACUCCAUUAACGAUACAAGAACAAUCCCCGCACCGUCGUCAUCACAGCUCCAUCUGUUUAUCAAAAACUAUAGAUUCAGGUGCAAGUAAUCAUCCUGUUCAGUUUCAAAGUAGUGACAUUUAUACCCGAAAUUCGUUUGCUAUAAAAACAAUCUCCAUGCCCAUCUGGGAGGAAAUCAAUUGGUCGAGAGAUUGUAGAAUAUGUUUACACAGAUGGUGACACAAAGAUCCCAUUACAGUAGGAUUAUCCGAGUGAGAAUCCAUGUGAGCAGCUUUGACCUCGGUUAAGACAAAUACGAAAGAACAAUGAUACCUCCUUAUUCUGUCCACGUAUAAUGGAGUACGGGUGACAUUUUUGUAACCAUGUUGACAAGUCGCCAUUGUCAAGAUCCGUAUCGAGAAUUGGAGCUGUAUUUAGAACAAGCGCAGGAAGAGAUAGGGAAAGCUUUUGAAACUUUGACAAAGAAUAAUUUAGAUGCGGAACCUCAGCUUUUAACGAGGAGGAGAUCGUCGUCUCCCUUACCAUUUUCCUGUAACUAUUCAAAAAACAUUCCCGUCUGUCGGAAACUUUCAUCUCCGAAUAUAUCUGUCGACUGUAACUGCGAUAAUAAAAUCGUCAGAUGGCACGUGAAUGGCGAAAGAGAAUCAAAUUGUUCCUGUAUAUUGGGAAAAUUGAGAGACGAGGCGGAAAAAAGUGAAAACGAGAAAGAUAAUUACCCACGUCCACCUAGCGGAAACAUAGAACUUCUGACUGAAUGGGUGGACAGUUUUGUAGAAGCUAUAAACACUUCUCUAAGUGCUGAUGAUGUAGGAAUCAAUGAGAAUGAUUCUCAAGAAAUUAACUUAAAGUCAAAUGUAGAUGAGUUUAGUAAUUCUAAAGGAACUAGUAGUGUUUCUAGACCUUUAUACAUUCCAGUUGCUAAGAAAAAUUCAGAAUUAAAUGUAAAAAUAGAUGUAAAUAAGAAGAAAGUAACAAAUGGUAUAGAUGAAACAGAUUUUCAGCAGAAGGAUAAUAAUUAUUCUAAAGAGAAUUAUGAUAAAAUGAAUAAAAUUAAAAAUCAACAACUUACCACUGUAAUUAACUCAAAAUAUGUAAAAGAAGCAGAUAAACAAUCGGAUGGACAAGAUGCAAUCACUCAAACUACUCCACAGUUGUCUCGCAGUUCUAGCAUUACUGGUGUUACCGAAUGCAGCGAAGAAAUAGUUUCCAUAAGUUCAUCAGAAGAUAGCAUUCCAAGAUUUUCAUCUUCGUCUUCGUCGUCGGCAGAGUUUCAAACUGCAGAAUCAUCAUCAAGCCUUAGUUCAGACGAAGAAAUAAGAGUAGAAAACUUUCCCAAGAAAAUAUUUCAAAAGGAUCACUCGAGGACAACUUCGGGGACGCCGCCACCUCUUUCUCAAAAGGAACAGCGUGCUAUGAGAGAGGUUCAUUCGGAGAUUUGUCUGGCAUUAGAAGAAUGUCUGAAGAAAGGCAGCAAAAGUGGAAGGUUGUCCAUCAAAGAACUGAACUUGAAAUCUUCCUCCGCACCUUUACUAGAAGUGAAAUUUUCGGCCAGCAGUCCAAAUUCUCCGAUAGGCAAUUCCAAUUUUUCUGCAGACUUAUGCGAUGCUUGCAAACAGAUCGGGGAAGGAAAAGUGACCGUGCCCGCGAGAUCUCACUCUGUGCAAGAAUUAACAGGUAAGAUGAUUUUUAUGAAUGGCGACGGAUGUACAAACAGACGUCCGUGAGAAAGUUCUUUUACCUUUUAUUGCGUGGGUGUUGGAUAUUUGUCUCCUCUUUACUCUUAUAGGAAGUAAACACGGGGCCUUUUAUGUGGGUCGUCUUGCUUUUUUUAAUGAUAUUUAAACACUGAUUUUCUUAAUUUUUUUGAAAAUCAGAUUUUAAAAAUGUUAAUUUUAUUUUAAAAAAAGGCUUUUAGAAUGGAUCUUAAUUGCUCUCUGCUUCGAAAAUCAUAGUUUUUUUACUCGAAAAAAAGCACAAUUUAGUGUUUUUAGUUGUUUUUUUCUAAACUAAAAAAGGGUUUUUAUUGUGUUUUA